UUAUUCAUCCAUUUGUAUUUCUCUCUCCAUUCUUAUAAUUAUAUUGCAGAGUUAAUAGCAAUAUCAUGGCUCUCACCCGUCUCUGCUUGGCAUUCUCAUUGCUUCUACUGUCAUUGCUAGUCAUUGCUUCCGCUGGUGAUUAUAGUAAUGAUGAUUCAUCUAAAUAUGGUUUCGAUGGAAUGCCAGCUGACAGCCCUCAAGCAAAGCCAGAAGAAGAAGAAGAGCCUACAAAGCCAGACUAUUACAAGCCCAAGCCGGUGGACAAAGAAGAGCCUGAUUAUGGUAGUAAACCCGAGGUCGUUAAACCAAAGCCAGAAGGAAAAGAAAAGCCUAAUUAUGGCACAAAACAAGACAUCUACAAGCCAAAACCAGAAGAAAAGGAAAAGCCUGAGUAUGGCAGAAAACCAUACGUUGCUAAACCGAAGCCAGAAGGAGAAGAGAAGCCUUACUAUGGCACAAAACCAGACAACUACAAGGCGAAGCCAGAGGAAAAGUCUGGGUAUGGAGGAGAAAAAAAGCCUGAUUAUGGCAAAAAGGGAUACCUCUACAAACCAAAGACAGAAGAAAAGGAAAAGCCUGAGUAUGGCAGAAAAUCAUACGUUGUUAAACCAAAGCCAGAAGGAGAAGAAAAGCCUUACUAUGACACAAAACCAGAGUUCAAUGAAACAAAGUCGGAAGAAAAGGAAAAUCUUCUCUUCGUUGGUGUUCAAGGGCUUGUUUUAUGUAAAUCAAGUUCCAAGUAUUAUCCAAUUCAAGGGGCUUUAGCAAAGAUAACAUGUAAAGCUGUUGAUAAGGGCGGGCUCGAAAAAACCCUCUCCAUUUGCAGCGGAGCAACUGAUGCAAAGGGUUACUUCUUUGCCACAUUGUCUCAUUCAGAUCUCGUAGAUAAGUUGAAGGUUAAAGAUUGCAAGGCGUAUCUCGAGAGCUCUCCAUUGAAGACCUGUAAUAUUCCCACGAAUGACAACAAAGGGAUUGAUGGUGCUCCUCUUUCUAAUUUCCGUGUUCUAAAUAAGAAGAUGAAUUUGUACUCCGUGGGGCCUUUCUUCUACACCUCCGUAGCUAAAUCAGCCACUAAUGGUUACUAAAAUUGAAUUAAUUCUUCAUGACUAAACAAUCCAUUUUAAUACCCCCUUCCCCCCAUUUUUAUCUUUUAUUUUGAAGUUGAGAAGGCAACUUAAGUUGGUUCUUUUCUGUUUCUCUUUUUUGGGUCUGAUUUUCGUUGUUUAAUGAUUAUUUUAUUGGCUAGCUGGACUUGCAGCCUCUGCCAGAGAUUUGUAAUGAACUUUGCUCUAUUAAUAAAGCUUUGAAUAUGAUUAUUUUUCU